AUGUCCUAUAGUGGAUAUUCAGACUACUCAGAAACUGAAUCAGACGAAGAAUAUGCUCCUCUUCAGAUCGCAGGCUGGGGUACCCAAAAGAUUAAUAAAGAAGGUACAACUGAAGUCAGCGUCAGCAUGGACGGUUGGGCUUCACUCAUUGAUCCAACGGUCCAGGUCAAAUCAAACGGAAUUGGUACUGGUCAACUUCAUCGUCAAGGCAAAAAUUUCAAACCAGUCGAUGAACAGCUCAUUUUAGAUCGACGAUUGGGUAAACCUUUACCUAAAGGUGGUUUAAAUGGUGAAAAGAAGAAGAAGAAGAAGAAGAGUAAAUCAGGACAACCGCUACCACCACCACCACAACAACAACAACAAUCCAGGGCUCCGAAGCCUUUAAAAAUUGCUCCAAACAGAGGCAGGCCCCCUAUUCAACCUGGAUCAAGUGCUUGGGCUACUGGCAAGUUGGUUGAGACACCUUUCUGGGAACAACCUAAUGGGACCUCUGCUUCAAAGUACGCAACCCCUUCAGCUCAACCGCCUCAACAACAAACCUGGGGACAACAGCCACCUCAACAACAACAACCUCCACAACAAACCUGGGGACAACAACCAUCUCAACAACAAACCUGGGGACAGCGACUACCUUCACAACAACCCCCUCAACAUCAACAACUUGCACAAACUUUGGGACAACAACCUCCUCAGCAUCAAUCACAACAACAACAGCAACAACCAUUGGGCACCAUGGCAUCUAAAUACGCCACACCUGCUCCUGCGCAACCUCCUACACCCGCGCAACAUUGUCAGUACCAACAACAACAGCAACUAUUUAUGCCUGCUGAUCCUGUAAAAACACCUUGCCUUACUUUCAAGAUCGAACUGGCUCCAGGCGUAACAGCUAAUUUACCCGUCUAUGCCAAUGACAAUCCUUUAGACGUUGUUAACCAAUUUGAAAAGAACCAUCAGCUUGUUAUGACAGAAGCUGCCAAGAAUAGAUUUGCUGAAAGAGUGGCCAUGCUAUUAUCUCAGUAUGAUAAAUAA